UGGCAUUCACAAGUAACAUGAAAUUCAGCUCUCUUCUUGUCUUAAUCUGUUUUGCAACCAUCUUCUUGUCCAUAGAAGCAUGUCAUGAAACUGACAAAGCAGCUCUUCUUGAUUUCAAGAGUAAGAUAAACCAAGAUCCAACCAAACUGUUACAAACUUGGAACCAAUCCACUGACUGCUGUACACAAUGGGAAGGGGUCGCUUGUGAUUCCAAUGGUCGUGUCGUGAAUCUGACUCGUCCUGGUUUGUUUUCCACUGACGAUUCGAUCUUCGAUACGUUCAUGAACGGAAAGAUUUCUCCAUCUUUGGGUAAUCUUGAAUUUCUUGAGUUCCUAGACCUUAGUAACCUCAAACAGUUAACGGGAUCCAUUCCUUCGGAACUCGGAAAAUUGUCACACCUUACUGCUCUUUUCCUAGACACCAACCAGCUCUCUGGUCCAAUCCCUGCAUCAUUUCAAAAUCUUACUAAGCUCAUUAGGAUGUACGUCAGCGAUAAUCUUUUAUCUGGUUCAGUUCCCUCCAUUUUCCAACAUAUGUCUUCUCUUUCGGAACUGGGUUUAUUCAACAAUCAGCUAUCUGGUGGAAUUCCAUCUUCAGUUAGCCAACUAGUUUCUCUGACGAAGCUCGAUAUCCAUGGAAACAGAUUCUCAGGUGGUAUACCAAGAGCAAUUGGCUCUCUCAAGAAGUUGAUAUCACUAGACUUAUCCGAGAACCAGCUUACCGGAAGCAUUCCUCAAUCUAUCGGAGAACUUUCCAAGUUAAACUUACUCUAUCUAUAUCAAAACAGGCUUAGUGGAAGCAUUCCUAGUUCAAUUUCAGGGUUAACGUCUCUUCAAUUUAUGCGAUUGUCAGAUAACAAACUUACCGGCAGUCUACCAUCAUCCAUCGGUAAAAUUCCACUCCGAAGGUUAAUACUUGAGAACAAUUUGUUAACAGGUGAAUUACCCGCUAGUCUUGGCAAUCUUACAGACCUUGAUAGCAUAUACUUGAAAAACAACCGUUUUACCGGUAAGAUCCCUUCAAGUCUUAGCAAUCUUGUGAACCUCCUAGACCUUGAUAUGUCUAGAAAUGGGUUGUCUGGUCCAAUUCCUUCUCAACUAGCUACAUUGAACUUGCAAAUCCUGGAUUUGUCAUUCAACCCACUGAACCUAGUAAACAUACCAACUUGGAUUGCAAAUGUGAAUACCCUUCAGCGACUAUAUCUAGCUCGCACCGGGAUAACUGGAGAACUCCCACGAUGGUUAUCUGGAAUGAGUCUGACAUAUCUUGAUGUAUCGAGUAACAUGUUAGCUGGAGAUUUGCCUACAUGGGUAGGAAACAUGACAAGCUUAUAUUCACUUAAUGUGUCUACCAACGGAUUCCGUUCAACUAUACCAGCUGUGCUCGAGAACCUUUCAGGUUUAGGAGAACUUGAUCUUCACAUGAACAAUUUCACUGGUAGUAUACCUUCUGGAGUAAUAAACUUGGCGAAUCUUGAGAUAUUUGAUGUGUCAAAGAACAUGCUGACAGGUGAAAUUCCAGUUCAUGGUAAGGCAUUUCCCGCCUCUUCUUUUGAAGGGAAUUCUGGUUUAUGUGGCUCUCCUCUACCUCCAUGUAAAACUGCUUAAUUAAUAAUCUCUUUGUAUCUCUUAUUAAAACUGCUUAGUUAAU